GCCCGCGGGGAGGCGCCUCAUCCGGAGGCUGUCCCGCACCGCAUAAAGCGGCAGACGCACCGGGUGCCCCGCAGCCGCUCGGGCCGGUCGCCCGCUGCGGAGAAGCUGCUCCGAUGCUCCAGAGCGGCCAUGGUCGUCCCGCACUGGUGGGACCAUCUGCGGGCUGGCAGCUCGGAGGUGGAUUGGUGCGAGGACAACUACACCAUCGUGCCUGCCAUCGCCGAGUUCUACAACACGAUCAGCAACGUCUUGUUUUUCAUUUUGCCGCCCAUCUGUAUGUGCCUGUUCCGCCAGUACGCGACGUGUUUCAACAGCGGCAUCUACUUAAUAUGGACUCUCCUAGUUGUAGUGGGAAUUGGAUCUGUCUACUUCCAUGCAACUCUCAGUUUCCUGGGUCAGAUGCUCGAUGAACUUGCCAUCCUUUGGGUUCUGAUGUGUGCUUUGGCCAUGUGGUUUCCCCGGAGGUAUUUACCAAAGAUCUUUCGUAACGACAGGGGCAGGUUCAAGGCGGUGGUGUGUGUCCUGUCUGCAGUUACAACGUGCCUGGCGUUUGUCAAGCCCGCCAUCAACAAUAUCUCUCUGAUGACUCUAGGGGUCCCAUGCACUGCCCUGCUGAUUGCAGAACUGAAGAGGUGUGACAAUGUCCGUGUGUUUAAGCUGGGGCUCUUCUCCGGCCUCUGGUGGACCCUCGCCCUCUGCUGCUGGAUCAGCGACCGAGCCUUCUGUGAGCUGCUCUCCUCCGUCCACUUUCCCUACCUGCACUGUGUGUGGCACAUCCUCAUCUGUCUUGCUGCGUACCUGGGCUGCGUGUGCUUUGCCUACUUUGAUGCUGCCUCAGAGAUCCCUGAGCAAGGUCCAGUUAUCAGAUUCUGGCCCAGCGAGAAAUGGGCCUUUAUUGGUGUCCCCUACGUGUCCCUCCUGUGUGCCCACAAGAAGUCGUCGGUCAAGAUCACGUGAUGACAAGGAAGUGGCUGGCGUCUCUACGUGCUUCUCUUCCUGCACUGGGCUUCAUUUGCUAGCAAAGAUAGCCACGGGGCGAGGGGGUUGAAGCAUUGGUGUGGGUGUGUCUGUUUAAAAUUCUGUUCCUUUGGGCUCUAACUGGACCACUGUGCCUGGGGGGGAGGUCCAACCUUUUCCCAGGAUGGGGGAUGGAAAGCUCAGGGAUAGUAAGCGUGUGUUGCUCAGCAUUUCAUCCAGGCACAUGGGCUUGCUGGGUUACUUCCCUGAUGGCAGUGGCAGAGUAGUUCUUUGGGAGACCCAGGGUAGCUUCUUGCUGGAGAAGGCAGCUUGCUGUAGAUCCCACCAUCUCCAGGCUCUCUGAUUGCACAGGAGUCAGCCCCUCUGAGACACAAGACCUUCUGAUUUUGUGAUGGAAAGCACUGGAGCAUUCCUGUUACAGGAGAGACAUUGUCCUUCAGCACAACCAAGUGGACAGAACACACAUGGGGGCUUAUGGCUGAGGGGGUGGGCUUGUCACCUGCACCUCUCAGCUUUCCCAGGUUUCCCACGAGCUCGUGGAUCCUUCAACCACUACCUCUAAGAGAUGGAGACUUGGCAUCAGAGGGCAGAGUCAGUAACACCCUCUAAGCCAAAACCUGCACUCCACUUUAAGCAAAUAUUAAACAUUGACACUGUUCCUGCUUUUCCUGAAGCUCAGGAGCCUCAGCCCCACAGACAACUGCUCUGGUGUGAAGACUCCACACACAGCCCCUCUGCUUGCCACCACUUGACCUCUUGUGAGAGCACCAACAGCUCAUUUCAGCCACAGAGGCAGCCUGGGUUUGACUGGGGAGUGUGCGUGAAGCUUUGGGAAAGUUUCUCAUUGGAAACUUCGAGGAUGUCAGGAUGUCGUUACCUCCAAGACUCGGCCCCCAUUCCUCUGCUGUUCCUAGGGAAUGCAGGCUCCUGGGGGAUGCGGGACUCCUGGGGGGAUGUAGGACUCCUGCUUUUGAUCUCACAGUACCUGGUGCUAACUGGUUUCUCAGAGCACUGGACUGUUGGCUCUUCUGUCGCUACACUCAAUUAGCUGGUUGGGGGUCACAGGUGGGCGGGGCCUUCUGGGUAUGAGGUGGGAUGGGGGAAUCUCAGGGAUGUUUGUAACUCAGGCACCUCCCGCUUUCUGACAUUCCAUUGUGGGGAGUGGGGCAGUGCUCAGGGGGUGGGAGUCACGAGGCUGUUCUGAGUGGUGGAGCGUUGUCCUGAGUCAGAAGGAGCUAGCCUGUUCUGGCACUUCAGGAACUCUUACCUUGGUUAGAUUUUCACAGAGUCCAUAAUGGAAACUGAACGUAAGUUUUUACACCAAUAGACUCCAUUCUACUUCUGGGGCUUUGAAGUUUGAUAAGUCACUUGCUAGGCUAUUUCCUGUUUGUAGUAGCAAAUCUUUAUGGAACAUGGCUGUGUGAAGUAAGUGGUCUUUUAUUAAAUUUAUAACAUUUACUAAAUCUCCCAGGCAGCAAACACACAAGUUAUUUGAUUGGGGAUUUUCAAGGCAGAAAUAUUUGGUUUUGAGUGUAUAUGUUAUUUUACUAUAGCUUAAAUUACAUUUAAGAUGAUUUUGAGUUGAAUGUUCAUGGCAACCUAGGGAUUCAUGGGAUUGCUGCUGAGUCCUUUGGUUUUUGAGCCUAGACUUUUUCAGAGGGCGAAAUCAAGCCAUCCUUGUUUCUGGUUAUCUUCCCAGGCAUGUGGUCUGCUCUUAUCUCUCCUACACUAUAUAAAUGUCCUGAGGAUAACACCCAACUGCCUGAGUCUGGAAGAGUCCACUGGGGCUGGAGAGUUGGUUCAGCAGUUAAGAAUACAUGUUGCUUUCCCAGAAGACUCAGAUUCAAUUCCCAGCAUACACAUGAAGCUCAGAACCUGUAACUCCAGUCUCAGGGGAACCAAUGCCCCCUUCUGAUCUCUAAGGGCACCAGGCAUGCAUGUAGUGCACAUACAUACAGGCAGGCAAAACAUUCAUACACAUAAAGUAAUAAAAUGGAUAAAAAGUUGGCGGUAGGAGAGGAUUUUUAGAUGCAAGAUUUAAUUUGUCCCGAGGAGUCUUCCAUGGCAGUGGUGUUGUCCUCAAAGUCAGGAAAGAACCAUUUUGCAUCAGGGAAAGAACUUACUGCCUAGGGCCUCUGCUGACACCCCCAGGAAUAGGGAUAAAAUAUUGAUGGAUAUGCUUGGACAUGAUUGGGUGGAAGGAAGUGAACCCCUGACUCAGUGGGCAGCUUCUCCAGGCAUGUGCUACCACACCUGCUUGGGAUGGAGUAUGUGUGGGGGCAAACACCUUUUAUUUUGCUUCUGUCUGUGACAGAGCUUUGUUCCUCUGUCUCAGGCUGGCCUCACUACUCACUAUUGAGCCCAGGCUGGCCUCAACCUCAUGGUGAGCCCCCAGAUUAGUCUCUCAAGUGCUAGGUGUGAUGAUAGUGAUCUACCACACCCAUCUUAAACAGAAAUCUAUAGCUUGCUGGCAAGGGACUAGACAUGUAUGAAUCUAAUUUUGAGCUGAGCUUUGGGCAUUGUUUGUAUUUACAUUAACGUUCUACAUGUUUAGAGGAAAUUGGGACACUACAGAAAAGCAGCAGGAGAAAAAAAUUGCUCAUACCUCUAUUGCCUUAAAGCAUUCAUUGCCAGUAUUUGGGCUUUUGGGUGUGUUUCCUUCCUAUCCUUUCUGCCCUGCCACAGCUAUAAUUAGAUGUCAUUUGGACCUUUUAUCCUUGAAUGGAAUUCGAAUGCCAGCGUUUUCAUGGAGAGUUGGUGUGGAGUACACUCGACUUGGCUUUCUCUUGAAUGCUGAUUGCUGGAUUCUGAGCUCACUCCUGGAACUAUCCUUUCCAUGAAGCCUGACUCGAGCGGCCCCUGAGACAUGAACUGACUUCAGCUUUGCGACGUAACACUUCACCUUUGGAGCUCUGCGUCAGAGUAAACGGCUGUUAAAGAUGCAACUUCAUGGAUUUUAAUGUGUCGAGAGUGGUGAAAAACAAGUUGAGUUCACUAACUGAUGUGCAGUCUAGGAUCCCCUCCCUUCCGGCAGGGUUGACAUUGACAUGUGAGGUCAUGGCCACCUAACCAGCAUGAGCGUCAGACUCUGUUCUCUUCCAAAUCUCAGGACAUAGAAAGCCAAGAAUGUUACCGAGCGAUCAUCUCUGUCCCUGAUUUUACAGUACUGAUCCAUCGUUGAUUCUUAGGAGAAGAACUCCUCUCUUUAGUGCCCCGUGAUGCCAAAACCAGCCCUUCAGCAGAGUUUAUUCCAUCUGUAUCCAUUUGUAAUGUGAUCCCUGGGGGCCUCUCCGGUGAAAAGUGCCUACAACAGUCAUUAUGGGUCAACACUUGUGUUGAGGGACAAAGCUGAAUGGUUGUCACACAUGGGCUUUGUAAAAAUACUGCCACCCAUUCUAUUGGAUGGGUUUCUCAGGUGACUGAAACUUCCCUCACAAGUCAUUUCCUCCCCACCCCCACCCUGAGCCAGCACUGGGAUGUGAACCUUUCCGGCUCUUCUUCCUUCAGCUCUGAUGACUAACUGUGUCUGGGGUACAGGCAAGGGCUGGAGCUUGGCCAGCCAGGGCCUCUCUCCCCAUUCCUUUCUCUAGCUGAACUUGGAUUCUUCCUAACCAGGACUUGACCCGGGUGCUGUUGAUCCCACUGGCCAAAGACACACCUCCAGCCAGAUUGGGAUUCUCAAUUGAUUUUAUAGACAUUUUUAUCCCGCAGACUUUAAAACAUGGCCGUUACUCCAAAGGGCUUGUGUCUUUUCCUACAUGUCAAGUGAGACUGAAAACUAUUUUAUAACCACAAUAUGUAAUCCAAGUAAAUAGUGUAUUUUCAGAUAUA